AUGCAGAAUAAGUUCUUACCUAGCCCCUAUAUUCUACUAGAGGCUUUUAUUAUAGCUAAAGCUAAAAGAGCUACUUUCUCGAAAAUAAUACGUCUGUUAUCGUUUCAGCCAUAUGGCAGAAAGACCUCACUCAGAGAUUUGAUCGGACCGAUAUCGGUUGGUCUUCAAUUAAGAGAUAGUUCUUUGAUUAGGGAGGCCUUUUUCUUACUGAGAACACCCAAGGCCCCACUGUCAAUUGUAGGAAAGCCGAUCAACGAGGUGCUUCCUCUGCUACUCAGUGCAUGCUUCAAGAGCGAGAACAGCAGCUUUGUGCUGAAAGAAGCAGUACCUGGAGAAUCUUCUGCUUGGAAAAUGGUACAUGCUCUGAUACGCUGCCCUGGAUCUUGUUAG